AUGAGAGCCUUCCGUGCCGGGGCUUCGGCCCGACUCCCGCGCGCAUGCCGCGGCUUUGCGGAGAAGGCUGCGGCAGCAGCGCCCAAGGCCUCUGCGGCCAGUGUUGGCAAAGUCUCCCAGGUGAUUGGUGCAGUGGUGGACGUGCAGUUUGACACGGCGCUGCCGCCCAUUUUGAACGCCCUGGAGGUGCAAGGCUUCGAACAUCGCCUGGUCUUGGAG